UUACAAUGCGUUUGCUCCUCCCUCUACUCCUGUUCCUCCACCUCACCCAACCGCCGCAAGUCUCCGGCGUGGGAAUAAAUUAUGGCACCCUGGGAAACAACCUACCGCCGCCAAAGAAGGUGGCGCAGCUCCUCCAAUCCACCGUCAUUAACAAGGUCAAAAUCUACGACACCAACCCCGAAAUCCUCUCCGCCUUCUCCAACACCAGCAUAGACCUCAUCGUCGCCGUCGAGAAUUCCCAAGUGGCCAACCUCAGCUCCCACCCCUCCGCCGCCUCCGAUUGGCUCUCCUCCCGCGUGGCCCCCUUCCUCCCCGCCACCUCCGUCGUCUCCAUCGCCGUCGGCAACGAGUACCUCACCACCGACAACCUCGACCCCAACGCCCUCUUCAAAGCCAUGCAAAACCUCCACUCCGCCCUCCUCUCCCGCGGCCUCGACCGGAAAAUCAAGGUCACCACCCCUCACAGCAUGGCCGUCCUCGCCACCUCCUUCCCCCCCUCCUCCGCCACCUUCGCCGCCACCCUCCUCCCCACGAUGACCUCCAUCGUCGCGUUCCUCGCCGACACUGCCGCCCCGUUCAUGGUGAACGCCUACCCUUACUUCGCCUACCGCGACAAUCCUAAAACAAUCGAUCUAAAUUACGCGCUGCUCGGCAAUAACACCACCACCUCCACCGGCGCUGUCGUCACAGACAACGGCUUCACAUACACCAACAUGCUCGACGCCCAAAUUGAUGCAGUCAGAUAUGCCAUCGGUUCGCUAGGUAGGUUUGGCAACCGCUCGAUCAGGCUGGUGGUGUCAGAGUCCGGGUGGCCUUCGAAGGGCGACCCGGCCGCGACGCCGGAGAAUGCGAGGACGUACAACGCGAGAUUGGUGGAGAAGGCGCAGUCGAAUAAGGGGACGCCGAUGAAGCCUAGUGAAACAAUUGAGAUUUUCUUGUUUGCUUUGUUUAACGAGAACAAGAAGGAGGGCGGGGAGAGUGAGAGGAAUUUCGGGAUUUUCAACCCGGACGGGUCAAGGGUAUACGAUGUGGAUUUGAGCUGCGAGUUCUGCUCGAAGUUGGAGAUGGGGGAGAGGAGGCCGAAGGGGCCGUCGGUGUGGUGUGUGGCAAAGCCGCAUGCAGAUGAGAAGGUGAUGAAGGGUGUGCUGGACUUCUGCUGCGGAGGCGGCGGUGUUGAUUGCAAAGAGAUUCAAGAAAAUGGGGAUUGUUUUGCUCCGGAGAAGGUGCACGCGCACGCCUCUUACGCGAUGAAUGCUUAUUACCAGAUGCAUGGACGGAACUACUGGAAUUGUGAUUUCAAGGGAACUGCGCUUGUCACUUUCACUGAUCCGAGUUAUGGGCGAUGCCGGUAUGCACAGCAGUGACAACCAGGAUUCUUAUGUUAUUAGCACUAUUUUGAUGUUGAACGAGGCACUGCCCCACUUUGUAAUGUGUAUCUUUUAAUUGUUUCGAAUUGAUGAAAAACAAUAUCAUUGGGAUGUGGUAAAGGUAGAUCCACCCACAA